AUGACGAAUCAAGAUUCUGGUUCUCAAGAUUCUGGUUCGAGUUCUUUUGAUCAUUCAGAUCCUCUUUUCCUUCGUCCUGCAGAUCAUCCUGGAUUAUUAUUAGUUUCGAAACCUUUUGAUGGUUCGAAUUUUGGUUCUUGGAAGAAAUCAAUGUCAAUAGCUUUGUCGGCAAAGAACAAAUUGAUUUUUAUCAAUUCGAAUUCUCAGCCCAGUAUAACUGAUUUCAAGUAUAGUCAAUGGAGGAGAUGCAAUGAUAUGGUCACAUCAUGGAUUUUAAAUGUCUUAUCUCAAGAAAUAGCUGAAAGUGUUCUUUAUUCAGAUUCAGCUCAUGAUAUUUGGAAAGAACUUGAAGACCGUUAUGGUCAAGCAAGUGGUGCCAUGCUUUUUCAAUUGGAGAAGGAUAUUCGAUUAUCAGGCCAAGGCACUAAUGAUAUUGCUGGUUAUUUUACUAAAUUGAAGAAAAAUUGGGAUGAAUUGAACACAUUGUCCUCUCUGCCCAUUUGUUCCUGCGGUUCUGCACAAGCUAUGCAAAAGUUCAAUGAAGAUCAACGCCUUAUUCAAUUUCUCAUGGGACUCAAUAGUGAUUAG